UUUCCGGCUUUUUGCGGCCUUUUCCCCUUUAGCGCUCGGCGCCAGUUGCCUGCGCUCCUCUUUUCUGUGUCGCCGCCGGGCUCCCGGGUCAGCCGGCACCAUGGGUUUUGGAGACCUGAAAAGUUCCGCCGGUCUCCAGGUGCUCAACGACUACCUGGCGGACAAGAGCUACAUCGAGGGGUAUGUGCCGUCACAAGCAGAUGUGGCAGUAUUUGAAGCAAUCUCCGGCCCACCACCUGCCAAUUUGUUCCAUGCCCUACGUUGGUAUAACCAUAUUAAGUCUUACGAAAAGGAAAAAACCAGCCUGCCUGGAGUAAAGAAAGCUUUGGGCAAGUACGGUCCUGCUCAUGUGGAAGACACCACAGGAGGUGGAGCUACAGAUAGUAAAGAUGAUGAUGACAUUGAUCUCUUUGGAUCUGAUGAUGAGGAGGAAAGUGAAGAAGCGAAAAGGCUAAGAGAAGAACGCCUUGCACAGUAUGAGUCAAAGAAAGCCAAAAAACCUGCACUUGUUGCCAAGUCUUCCAUCUUACUAGACGUGAAACCUUGGGAUGACGAGACGGAUAUGGCAAAACUAGAGGAGUGUGUCAGGAGCAUUCAAGCAGACGGCUUAGUCUGGGGCUCUUCCAAACUGGUUCCAGUGGGGUAUGGAAUUAAAAAACUUCAAAUACAGUGUGUAGUAGAAGAUGAUAAGGUUGGAACAGACAUGCUGGAGGAGCGGAUCUGCGCUUUUGAGGACUAUGUGCAGUCCAUGGACGUGGCUGCUUUCAACAAGAUCUAAAAUCCAUCCUGGAUCAUUGCCCUUAAAUAAAAGCUUGAACGACAAAAAAAAAAAAAA